CUACUUGUUGUUGUUGUGUUUUUUUUUUUUUUCUGACUAAGCUUGACAAAAGGAGGAGGAGAAGGGCAUGAGUGAAAGCAGUAGGCCGGGCCAGGGAAAGAGUGAGGAUCCUGGCAGCUCCAGCGUGGGGAUUGCUUUCUCUCUGCACCUCUUCCUGUUGAUGGAAGCCUUGCUCAGACCUCCAGGGUCCGAUCUGACGAGGCCCAGGGAUUAUCACACAGCAAGGUGGCUGACUUCUAGCACCUGUUCUGGAAGAUGCGUGGCCGGUUUCUGAGGCAGCUGCUGGCCGAGGAGAGCCGACAUUCCACGGCCGUGGGGCGCCUCCUGCUGCCUGUGCUCCUGGGAUUUCGCCUGGCGCUGCUGGCUGCCAGUGGGCCUGGGGUCUUCAGUGACGAGCAGAGUGAAUUCGAGUGUAACACGCGGAUGCCAGGCUGCAAGGCCGCCUGCUUUGAUGCCUUACAUCCCAUUUCUCCUCUGCGCUUCUGGGCCUUCCAAGUCAUUUUAGUGGCUGUACCCAGUGCCCUCUACAUGGUUUUCGUCCUGUAUCAAGUGAUCUGGCAUUAUGAAGAACCAGGAAAGGUGAAGAAGGAGGAAGAGACCUUGAUCUACCAAAGGGACAGCAGUAGAGAUGCCUUAGGGGCUGGAAGCUUGAGGCUGCUCUGGGCCUAUGUGGCACAGCUGGGUGUGCGACUCAUCCUUGAGGGGGUGACCCUGGGGGUUCAGUACCAUCUAUAUGGGUUCCAGGUGCCCAGAGUAUCUCAAUGUAGAACAGACCCAUGCCCCAAUCUGGUAGAGUGCAUCCAUUCCCGCCCCUCUGAGAAGACCGUCUUCCUAAAGGCCAUGUUUGGGGUCAACGGGCUCUGUCUCUUCUUUACGCUUCUGGAGCUUGUGCUUCUGGGUUUGGGGAGAUGGUGUGAGCGCCUGAGGAAAUUCCUGGGUGUGUCCUCUUCCCCUAGUCACACUCUCCCCUUGGACAGCGUAAGGAAACUCCAGGAGACACCAUGAUCGACUUUGCCUCGCCAGCUUCAGUGCUUCAGACCAAGCGAAUAGGGGUAGCAUCUCCCGACCUCCCCAGCCAGUGGGCAUGGCCAAGUGGAUGUGCCAAAGCACUCUCUCCCUUGGGAAUCUGCAUUUGGAGUCAGCAAGACCUACAGUCUCUGCCAGGGGCGUGAAAAGAGAAGAGGAGAAAUCUGCGUGUGCUGGGCAAACAUUUUCCACCACAGAUAAGUGGAGGAAAUGCCUGGUGCAGCUGGCAGAGAAAACUGGAUUCAGUGAACAAGAAAUUAGAUAGAGGCCAUCACGCAGGCUGGGGGUGGAGGGCCACAGGGAGUGAGGCUGCGAUGGUGGUUUGGCAUCUGUCUUGGCCAUUGACAACUUUCCAAUUUCCGGACCCAUGCCCCUAAGGAUUGCUUUGCUUUCCUGGAUAAGAUCCAAGGUGUAUAUUAAAUAAAUUCCUAUUUGCUUUUGCCUCCUCA